GGCCCACGCCGGCCAACCUGGCCCUCUUCGAGGCCUGGAGCAGCUCCAGCAACCAGGGCGAGAUGUUUUUCGGCGACCAGGUGGACCGGUGCUACCGCUGCCCCCUGCGCCAGGGCCAGACUCUGUUCAUCCCCACGGGUUGGAUCCACGCGGUGCUGACGCCCGUCGACUGUUUGGCUUUCGGGGGCAACUUCCUGCACAGCCUCAACAUCGACAUGCAGCUCAAGGCCUACGAGAUUGAGAAGCGCCUCAGCACCGCCGAGCUCUUCAAGUUCCCCAACUUCGAGACCAUUUGCUGGUACGUGGGCAAGCACCUGCUGGACACGUUUCGAG